UUUCCUUCACCCUGGGGCACUGUGACGCCAGAGAGGGAUUCGUGCUCAAUGAGCAUCUUCUGGACAUUAGCAGAGGUAUCUCGCGCUUGGACUGUUGUGUCUUAUAAACAUUGACAAUCCUUCCCAGAAUAAAGUAUCCAGAGAAUGAAGCGUUUACUUGUUUUUGAUUUUGAUCACACAAUUGUAGAUGGAAACAGUGACACUUGGGUUGUGAAGUGUAUACCUGAAAAGAAGCUUCCAGAUUGGCUUCGUGAAACAUAUGAUGGAACACAGUGGAAUGAAUACAUGCAAAAGAUCUUUGCCUAUUUUGGAGACCAAGGAAUCAAGGAAUCUGAAAUGAAAAACAUUAUGCAAUCCAUGCCAUAUACUGCAGGGAUGGUUGAUCUCCUGAAGUUCAUUUGCCAAAAGAAAGAUCAAGUUGACUGUAUAAUCAUUUCUGAUUCUAAUACAUGUUUCAUCAAUUGGAUUUUAGAAGUAACAAAUAGCAACUCAAUAUUUAACAGCAUUCUUACAAAUCCAGCAAAUUUUGAACAAAAUCAUCUUAUAAUUAAGAGUUUUCAUUCUCACAACUGUCCAAAUUGCCCUGAUAAUCUUUGCAAAAAAAAAGCACUGGAUGAUUUUAUUGCUAAUCAACUUAAAGCAGGGGUACAGUAUCAACGAAUCAUUUAUACUGGUGAUGGAGCGAAUGACUUGUGCCCAAUUAAAGGUUUGAAAGAGUGUGAUGUUGCAAUGGUAAGAAAAGGAUACAAGUUAGAAAAACUGAUUCGUGAAUUGGUUGAUGGAGACUCUGGUUCAGUGCUGCCCUCAAUUGUGAUAUGGUCGUCAGGUGAAGAAAUCCUGUCUUAUUUGAUAAAAUGUUUGAAAACUUAAGGAAAUCCUUGAUUUAUUUAUAAACCUGAGCAAACAAAAAGCCCAUAAUUUAAUUUCAUUUGAUUAUAAUUCAAAAGCACAUCAAUCAUUAACAUUGCUAAAAAGAGACAAGAUGUCAAAUCUUUUAAUCUUUCACUCUUCAGAGCACCAAAUCCUGAUGAGGGCAGAAUAAAAAGCUUUGAUUCAUUAUCAUCUUUCAGCAAUCUUUAAAUUCUGUAUUAUCAAGCAGUUAUUAUUCAUAAAAAAUCAUCAGCAGAUUUCUAGGAUGACAACAUUUUUCUUAGGCAUUCUAACCUCAGCAAGCUAUCAAUAAUGACACUGUGGGCUGACUGUUAUUCCACCCGUUAUACCUUUGUACCUUUACCCUAAGGUCUGACUUUUGUACUCUUAAUUCACUAACAAAGAAGUUGCCAAGUUGCUCCUUAAAUUUUACUGUUUGACAUUUCCCGUUGGUAUCCUAGAAUAGUGUUUAAAUUGAGUACACCGUGUGUAAUGGGAUUGUACUUCUUUAUAAAGUUAUUUGUUACAUUAGGAUUAAUUUUGCAGGUGGAGAGUAGUGCAUUACUCAGGGUUCAAUUAAAUAUACAUAUUUCAUAAUUCUGUUAAAUUUCAACUACAUCAACAUGGUGGAACAAAGCAAAUUUGGAACUAUCAUGAAACAAAAAGUUAUAUUUCAAUAGGUUGUUUGUCUACUGGAUUCUUUUCCAUUCUAAGAAAGUUCAUAUGUGUACUUAAUACUAAGAUAUACUGUUAAUCAUCAGGUGAGCACACAGUGCCAUUGCAUAAUGGCUGAGAAAUUGCAGUAGAAUAAAAGCAGUAUUUUUGAUUGGUGGAAGAGGUUGUAGGGAAGCUUAUUCAGUUUUUGUUUGGUUUGUCUUAUGGUGUGUUUUUGCAAAAGGCUAGGGACUUGUAGUGCACUUAAGGGAAGAAUCUCUUGGUCCUCAAUUGAAUUUGUAUAUUAGUGAUGUUUUUAAAGCAAUAUGUUUUCCAUUCCUAAAUUAUGAUGGGCAUUGAAUUCAAAGGGGUACCACAGCUGUGUUUAGCUUAUACAGAAAUAAAAUGUUCAUUGAUUGUGUGCUUGUUCAAUACUUUUGUCUUUUAAAUAUAUCAAAUUUAUAUCUAUUAAUGGUUUAUUUCAAAAACUGGCAGCACAGUUAAUGAAAUGUUUCAAUAUAUUUGCUGUCUAAAAAAUGAUGCACUGGUUUUUAGAAAA